AUGCAGGCCUUGCACGCGCACUACGGCAAAACGUCGAGAUCGUCUCUGUGUUUGGUGGCCGCAGCGGUCGAGACCACGUGCCACUGGAACACCAGGAUGACGGAGUACAUCAAGGCUUUGAAGGACAUCGACAAGCUGGAUUCCUCAUAUCAGGAGGCCGCGACCCUGCUCACCACUAUGACCGACGAUCCUUGUGAGUUUGUCCCGCUGAUGCGGGCGAUGUGCCGAAACAUGGGCCUGUUCAAGGAGAAGCUCCCCCCGAUGGCUACUGCCGACAUGCUGGAGGCUUUUCAGAUGCUCGUCGAGGCGAAGCAUGCUAUUAUCAUGGACCCUGCCGCGCCGCCAGAGCACGUUGACCGCGCGGUGCUCCCGAAAUGGCAGGAGGUGCUCUCCGAGGCCACCAUCUUGUUCCCGAUGGCCGAGCCCCUUAGCCAGGCAAUGCUUUCCGUGGGUACGAAGUUGCAGGAUAUGACCAGGGACGCUCAAUUGGACGAUGUGCGCGACAAGCUCGAGAAGCUGGCACGGCCGCACGAUGAUGACCGAGAGUCGGAUUGGUUGCAGGCGUUCGCACUGACCGACUGCAGCGCCGUAAUCAAGUUCAUGACGGAGAUUCGCAUCACCGCUGAGCAUCCCCUCGCCUCUAUUGCUGUCAGACUCGCCAACACCAUCGUGCAUUGCCUAUCCACGGAGAUCGGGGGUGGCAGGGUGGACGACGCGAGGCUUCAUGAAACAGUGGUUGUUGCUGCAGGGCUGGCCAAUCAGUGCGGCGCGAGCCUUGACGGCCUCGCGGUCGAGACUGCCGCUCUGGAGAAAACGCUCGCCGUCAAGUCGAUCCAUCAGGACUUGUUGGCCCGCGGCCCUGCAGCGCAUGCGAUUGCAACGGACUCCACUUUCGAGUUGGUCGUGUCCUUGACCAGGGCUACUGCGCAGCUCCACGAGUUACAGAAGGGUGGUGCUGAGGGCGGGGGCCUCCCUGCCGUCGUGGGGAACGUGCUGGAAGACGCGCAGACGUUCCUGAGAGCUGUGCAUGGCGAGUACGUGCAGGGUGCCUGCGUGAACCUCAACGGCAAGAUCAAGGAGGCCAAGACCAUCAGCGGUGGCAUGGGUGAUAAGUACUGGACCGAGUACUUCAAGGGGGAGACCUGGGACGACUUCAUGAAGCAUGCGGGGAGGACCGUGCUCAAGCAGAACCCCGAUGACGUGGUCGCAGCGACGGAUGGCUUGGCCAGGGCUCUUGUGCUGUACCAGACGCAUGCGGACGCUGGUGGGAUCGAGCAGAAGGCCGAGUUGGUGGACCUCGCAAAGCAGGAGCUCUGCAAGCUCGACACGACGAAGUUCCAGGGGUGCUUGAUGUACCAUUUCAAGUCGGAGAAGACGGCAGCUUCGCUGCGCUCGCGGGCCCAGGCGGAGGUGAAGGCGUUCAAGGCGAAGCACGAGGACUACGCCAAGGCGUUGCCGAGCCUCCUCGGCAAGCAGGUGAAGGAGGCGCUCGCCAUGAAGCUGAAGUUCUGA